AUGGCCGCCCCCACCACUCUCCAGGACGCGCCGAACGCGUCGCAGGACGCCCGUCGCAAGAGGAAGGCCAAGGAUUCCGCUGCAACCAAGCACGACGCCAAGCGCAUCCGUACCCAGGACGAGAAAAUCGCCCAAGCUGCCGCUGCGCCCUCCGCGAAGACCGAGACCGCCAUUGCCAUUGUGGGAGACAAGAAUGCCCAGGCUGUAAAGAAAGAGGAGGGCGAUGCUGUGAAGAUUGCGCUCCGCCCGGAUAGGAGUAGCUGGUACACUUCCGACCCUGUGGGCGGCCGCUUUCUGCCCAUCGACCCUGUCUUCGGCAAAGAUGAGAGAUAUCUCAUUUUCGCGACAGCCAAGGCUGUACACAUCUACUCCACCGCAACCUCGCUUCUUGUCCGGACGCUUCCCAUGGGUACCAGCCACAACAUUACCGCAUACGCCCUGUCAGACGCUGAUCCAAACCACCUGUACGUUUCCGAUGCCUCUGGCUAUGUCAUCCUAUGGGACUGGGUAAAAGGAAACAAGAUCCAGCGCUACAAUCUGUCUGCCGCCAUCCGCGCCAUCGCAGUCAACGCUGUCGAGAGCGACAACGGAGACAAGUUUGACAACGUCUACACUCUGGAUAAGGGUGGCCGCAACGUCAUCUAUGCCCACAGGUUGCGCGGUCACAAGGACGAGUCUGAUAAGGUGGCACAACCUCUGCUCAGGACCCGCGUGCCUCUUGAAUCUUUCACCGUUGCUGCCGGUGGUCAAGUCAUUGCCGCAGCCGCCAAGGAUCGCGUCUUUAUUGGACACCUAAAGAAUCCCUCUGCUACCGCCCCCAAGGAUCUUGUCUACAUCUGGAGGGAACUCGGCUGCACUCAGAAAAUCACCUCGAUCGAUAUUCGAGUCAACAGCCAGAGGUCUCGCAAAGCGACGCCAAAGAAGGGCCCAUCGCCAAUUGGCCAGGUCAAUCUGGCCAUUGGUUGCUCUGACGGUGCAUUGCUUGUUUACGAGGAUCUCAUUGCUAAGCUCACCAAUGCUGAGAAGCAGCAGAAGAAGGACCCGAAGGAUGUGCCGUCUGCGCUUUCCCUGGCUCCUCGCAUCCUUCACUGGCACAGGAACCCUGUUGGAGCCGUCAAGUGGUCGUUGGAUGGCAACUACCUCAUCUCCGGUGGCCAAGAAACCGUUCUCGUUCUCUGGCAGCUUCAAACUUCGAAAAAGCAGUUCCUCCCUCACCUCACGUCUGCCAUCGACGGUGUCGUUGUUUCUCCGAGCGGAAUUUCAUACGCCGUUCAGCUUGCAGAUAACUCGGUCAUUGUUCUCUCAACCACUGAAUUGCUCCCCAAGGCCAACAUUGCUGGAGUUCAGUCCCGCUUCUUCACUCCUGAGGCGACGUCUGACAAGGACAUACUCGACCAGGUCCGCCGUACAGCUGCUGUCAUCAACCCGCAGAACCCCAACCAGGUCCUGCUUUCUGUCCCCGCCUCGCAACCCAGAACCGAGGCUGGCACCACCAACCACCCCGCUCCUUUCCUUCAGGCUUAUGACAUCUCGUCCAACCACCAUGUCUUCCGCCAGGCCAUCACCCGCAACAACGCCACCAUCCUCAACCAAGCUCCGAACGCAACCAAACUGCGUGAGCCUGACCUUCGUCAUCUGCAACUUAGCCAUGAUGGAAAAUGGCUUGCCACUGUCGAGGAGUGGGUUCCGCCAGUCGAGGAUGUGGAGCACCUUGCCGCGGAGAAGAAGGCGGUAGAGGAAGAGCAGCACGCGAGACGUGAGGUCUACCUUAAGUUCUGGCUCUGGAACGAGGAGAAGGCCCAGUGGAUGUUGGAGACGCGCAUCGAUGCACCCCACAGGUUUGCCGACAAGGUCGUUUCCGGCCGCGUAUUCGAUCUGAAGUACGACCCGAGCAGCACCUCCUUCGCCACCGUCGGCGAGGACGGCUUCGUCCGCAUCUGGGCACCAAAGACCAGGCUGCACGACGGCACCGUGGUCAGGGGAACCAAGGGCGAGGGUCUCGUCACCUGGUCGAACCGCAACGCAAUCCGGCUGGAAGCCGCCGUCGAGGGCUUCGACGCCAACUCAGACAUCCCCGGCGAGCUCGUCCCCGUGCACGCCCGCCUGGCCUACUCCCCCGACGGCUCCGUCCUCGCCGCCAGCCAGGAAUUCUUCGGCAACAACAGCCAGGGCCUGGUCCACUUCAUCAACCCGGCCACGGGCGCGAUAAGGUACUCGCGCGGCGGCCUGUACACCACCGGCCUGGUCGACCUCGGCUUCGUCGGCCGCCGCUUCAUCAUCGUGUCCAACUCGCUCAGCGUAUGGGACCUCGUCGACGACGAGCUCAGCUACGGCUACAGCUUCCGCCCCCUGGGCCUCACGCGCUCGCAAAAGGCCGAAAUCGCGCACCUCGCCAUCAACAACAACACCACCAACGACGCCGAUGACGCCGGCACCUUUGCCAUCUCCCUCCCGCUCCCCGAACAGCGCGAGAAGAAGAACAAGGACAAGAACAAGGACAAGCCCGCCACCAUCGAGGGCGGCGCUGCUGGCCUCACCACCACCACCGCCGCCGCCUCCGCCGACGCCAAAACCCAACAACCCCAACCCCAACCCCAACCCCAACCCCAACAGGGCCCCAAGAAACGCCAAUCCAAAGUCUUCGUCUUCUCCCCCUCCUCCCCCCGCCCCCUGUACUCGGUCGUCGUCCCGCAAAUCGUCACCGCCCUGCUUCCUGCCGCAUCGGCUGGCGGCGGCAGCAGCGGGAACGGCGGGAACAGGGGCUUCAUCGCCCUCAACUCGGCCGCCGAGAUCCGCGUCGUCGCGCCCAAGUCCGCGACCGGGCUGCAGCUCGUGCGGCCCGUGGCGGCGCCGGAGGAGGAUUUGGGGGCGUUGGAGUUGGAGCCGCUCGUCGAGGAGGAUGGGGAGGAGGAUGGGGAGGAUGAGGAUGGGGAGGGAGGCGUGGGGAGGGAGGUUAUGGAGAGGGUGUCUGGAGGGGGAGUGGGAGGGGAGAUGGGGAUGGGGAUGGAGAUGGAAGUGGGUGGGGAGGAGGAUGAUGGCGGCGACAAGCCGGUUGUCAGGCCGGAGAUGCUGGCGGGUGUGUUUGAUGUCGGGCCGAGCUUUGCGUUGCCUCCGGUUAGGGAUCUGUUCGAGGCGGUUGUGGGGUUGUAUGGGCGGAAGCCGAGGGGUGUGGCGGCGGCGGUUUGA